AUGGCCUCCGAACCUCCACGGGCGGCGAAGCACCCCAGGCCGUGGGCUUCCACCACCAUUAAGGAUAUCGGUGACGACCUACUUCUUGAGAUCUUCCUCCAUCUCCCGUCCCUUCCGAGUCUCGUCCGUGCCGCCCUUGCCUGCCCCACCUUCCUCCACGCUGUCCGCUCGUCCCCCGUCUUCCGCUGCCGCUUCCAGGCGCUCCACCCGCCACAGCUCCUAGGAUUCUUCCACGAACCCUGCCGCCCCUCCAUCCCUCCAUUUUUCCCUCUCCGUGGCCGCUCCGAUCCGGACCACACCGCCGUAAUCCGUGGUGCUGACUUUUUUCUCACCCGUCUCACCGAAGAUAGCGCACAUGAACCCCACGGGUGGGAUAUCCAGAGCUGCCACCGCGGCUACGUUGUUCUUGUCAACCUUAGCACCGACCAGAUCGCUGCAUACAACCCCCUCACACAGGCGCUGCAUGACGUGGGGGUGUACCGCGCGGUUUGUGUCGAACACAUGAAGAGGCCGACAUGUAUCGCCGUCUUCUCAUCGGCCACUAUGGAGUGGACACCUGCGCCACAACCUGAAUUUGAUGCUGAAUUUGAUGCUGGUAGGCUCGAGUCUGUAUUUGAUGCUGGUAGGCAGGUGAAUGGAUUUGUUUACUGGAAACACUUGUGUGAGGACUAUGCACUUACUCUCAACACCACCACGCUUCAGAUUUCUAGACUGGAUUUGUUGGUGGGAGACAAAGGAUCGAAGCUAUCUGCUUUAGGUCAUACCAAGGAUGGGGAGCUCUGUAUGGUUUGUGCAGAUGACUCAGAUGCAAAUAUAGGAAGGCUUUUUGUUUGGUUUUGGAGAGCUGAUGAUGAUGGUGUUGAGAAAUGGACCUUGAAAAAUGCUUUUAAACUCAGUACAUUAGUUGAUGAGUAUGAUACCACAGUGCAUGUUGAGGCAGUUAUCGAUGGCUUUGUGUACCUGUCUACUAAGUAUCUUGAGCGAUGCGAGUCACUCCUAUCUCUGUGUCUGGAAACAGAAGAGCUGGACAUACUCAUUUAUGACACAUAUCAAAAGCCAGCUCAUCACUACAUCAUGGGGUGGCCUCUUUCUUUAGUAUGCGACAAGUGCCAGUACAUUCCAAGAUUCUGUGUCUUUCUCUUGGAAUGGUGGUCAUUUGAAAUCCUUGUGCUCCUCUCUGGACUCCUGCUGAAUACUCAGAUUGAGACAUCAGCGCUCUCAGUAUGGUGGCCUACUUACGUUGGCAUCUGGGCGUUGGCCGCCGCAGACGGCUACCAGCUCCACUGCGUCCUCAUGUCCCCCUUCUUGCGCUGCGUCCAGACAGCUGCAAAUACCAUCGCCGCGCUCGGUGGCACCGUUGAGUCAAGCACCGAUGUGCCCGUCGAUGUCAAGGUCCUCCCUCGAUGUACUAGUCCUGUUAAAAUGAAGAGGAACUUCCACCUGUUUGAACAGAUACUAAUUAGGAUAACUGCUGCGAUAAUUUAG